AAGAAAAUUGAUUGGAAGAGAGAAUUGCAGGAGGCGCAGCCCUAAUAGCCGACUGAAAUGUCGUGCUUAACAGAACACAACACAACACAACACACUGUACUAUGUAGCAUGUACUAAAGCUGAACCCACUCUGUCUCAUAUAAGCCUCAGAAUAUGUCUCUCCUAUCACCAUACACAAAUAUUCUCUCUUUAUUUUCUCUUGUUUCCCAUAAAACCCACCCUUCUCUAUCUAUUACCCCACCCCACCACAUUACUCAUUACACUCCUUCUUAUCCUUCUUUCUUAUUCGGUUAUUUCAUAACAUCUCAUCUCUCAUAAAUAAACAAAAACCCUACAUUACUUGCAUUCUACACUUGUUUGUUUUUUCACCAACUUCUUCCAAAUACUAAACAAUGACAUCUUCGGACUCCGGUGAAAGCCGCCGAUCAACAAAACCUCAAAUCCGCCCCGGUGCACCGGCACCGGAGCAAGAGAAUCUUCCAUGUCCACGUUGUGAUUCAACCAACACUAAGUUUUGUUACUACAACAACUACAACUACUCUCAGCCACGUCAUUUCUGCAAAGCUUGCCGCCGCUACUGGACUCACGGUGGAACCCUCCGUGACAUCCCUGUCGGUGGUGGUACCAGAAAAAACGCCAAACGCUCUCGUACUAAUCAUGUUGCUGUCACUUCCUCAUCCGCUGUGACUUCAGCGGCGCCGGAGCACCAUCAUUAUCAGACAAUCUCCGCCGUACAAGGAGGGUCUUUUCCAUUUUCCGGCGGUGUUGACGGUGAUGGUAAACAGAAUAUGAGUGUUUGCGGAAGCUUCACUUCUUUGUUGAACAACAACAACAACAACAACCAAAGCUCUGGGUUUCUUGCAUUAGGUGGAUUUGGGCUUGGGCUUGAAGAAAUGGGAUUUGGGAUUGGAAGAACAGGUUGGGCUUUUCCAGGAAUGAUGGAUGGUGUUCCUGUUGUGUCUUCUGGUGUUGUUGGAAACACGUGGCAGUUAGAAGGUGGUGAAGGUGGUUUUGUUGGUGCUGGUGAUUGUUUCUCUUGGCCUGGACUUGCUAUUUCAACACCAGUAAAUGGUCUCAAAUGAACUCAUUUUUAUUUCAUUUUUAUUUAUUUUUUUUACUUUUUGGAUCUUAAUGUUUUGGUUUUCAUGGAGGGUACUGUUAUGUUAGUUCAAGUUUAGGUUUUGGUGUGUAAUGGAAUUUGGGUAUAAUUAUUAUCACCAUAGAUAGUAGUAGUAGUAGUAGUGGUACACCUAUGACUCUUGGUUUUGUUUUGUUUAUGUUUCUCUUGAAAAUCCUCUUGUCAUGUGUAUGUUUACUGGAUUAAUUAAUUAAUGGUGUUUUAUGACUAA